GGUGGUCCGAGGUCUCCCGAGUGACUGAGAUGGGCGACAUGGCUGCACCUGCAGCGGCAGCCUCCACCUCAGCUCCGCCUGUGGAGCAGCUGCGGCGCUUGGCCGUGGAGCUGCGCCUCCUGCUCCCUCGAGUGCGGGUCGGCGAAGCCCGCGGGACCCUCGAAGAGUUUAACCGGGAGCUGUUUUGGAGAAGACUCAUUGAGGCAGCCGAGAAUGUGUCCCGGGAGGCCACGACUCUGACCACAGCCUUCUGUCGACGUCCACUGCCAGCUCCGCAGGAAACCCAGGGUUUCUGUGAACAAGUCUGUGCUGUUAUCACGGCAAUCAUUGCAGUGUACUAUUCACUUCCCAAGGAGCAAGGGAUCACGCUGAGAAAACUGGUUCGAGGUGCCACUCUGGACAUUGUGGACGGCAUGGCUCAGCUCGUUGAAGUACUUUCCAACGCUCCAGCCCAGAGCCCUGAGAACAAUGACCUUAUUUCCUGCAACAGUGUCUGGGUUGCAUGCCAGCGGGUGCCUCAGAUACCUAAAGAUAACAAGGCUGCAGCUCUAUUAAUGCUGACCAACAGUGUGGAUUUUGUGAAGGAUGCACAUGAAGAAAUGGAACGGGCUGUGGAAGAAUGUGACCCUUAUUGUGGCCUCUUGAAUGACUCUGAGGAAGACAACUCUGACAGUUACCAUGAUGGGGAUGACAUGUUGGGGUUUCCAAGCAAUCGGGACUUGUACUGGUCAGAGGAAGACCAGGAACUCAUAAUCCCUUGUCUUGCACUGGUGAGAGCAUCCAAAGCCUGCCUGAAGAAAAUCCGGGUCUUAGUGGCAGAGAAUGGGAAGAAAGAUCAGGUGGCCCAGCUGGAUGACAUUGUGGACAUUUCUGACGAGGUUAGCCCCAGUGUGGAUGAUUUGGCUCUGAGUGUCUAUCCACCUAUGUGCCAUCUGACAGUGCGAAUCAACUCUGCAAAGCUUGUUUCUGUUUUAAAGAAGGCACUUGAAAUUACAAAAGCUAGUCAUGUGACCCCCCAGCCAGAAGACAGUUGGAUCCCUUUACUGAUGAAUGCCAUUGAUCACUGCAUGAACAGAAUCAAGGAGCUCACUCAGAGAGAAAUCGAACUAUGAGUGUUCAGGUUCAUUUGUACUAUUCUCUCCCUCUGUCUCUAUGCAUCAUAGCCAGGCUCUGAUGUCUGCUUCUUUAAAACAGAGUGGAAAUAAUGCUUGCUGGAUAAAAAGGGCAUUCUUUUCUGUAUUUAACAAAACACCAACAAAAUUAUUACCAGAGAUUGUUGCUAGACCAGACCGGUGAUUAUUUAUAAACCGCAUGAGUGUAAUAUAUUUUUCUGUGCUAGAUGCAAAUGAUAAUUGCAUGUGCUCAUGAUCCUGAGUUGCCUCUUGGAGGUUCCCUUACUCCUUAUUUUCAAUAAAGUGUGUUGUUUCAUUGUCAAAA